AUGAUUAAAAAAGUUUCAAAAACUUUUAGUAAUUUAGGUUUUCCAAGGUCCAAAUCACUUAGUGUUAUACCAUCAUCAUCAUCAACUCUAACUUUACCGUCUAGUUUAUUACCUAGUAAUAAUCAUUCUAGAAAACAUUCAAUCGCUCAAUCAUAUGGUGCACCAAUAACAUUGGAUCGUUAUUUAACCAACGAAGGUCACCGCCUGGUUGUUUCUUAUCUACGCCUAACACAAAUUCAAAAAGACAUACAACAAGGCCACUUACACAAAUUAACCGAAAAAGACAUUGACAGUUUAUUAAAGAGUUACAAGGGUGUGACUACAAACGUUUAUGAAACUUUAAAUUAUCAAGAAUUAAAUUUAUCUUUUCCGGAAUGUAAAUUACUAGCAAUGUUAUUAAAAUUUGACAAUUUAUUGAAUAUUAGGCAUUUAAAAUUAUCAAAAAAUAAUUUAAAAGGCUCUUCACUGAAAUUAAUUCUAGAAUCUUUACACAAUCACUCAACUGUCAUAACACUGGAUUUAUCAUUCAACAAUUUAACAGAUUCUGAUGCAAAGAAUUUAGCCAAAUUAAUCAAAAACAAUGACAAAAUUAAAGAAUUAUAUGUAUCUUAUAAUAAUAUAAAAAGUGAAGGUGCAAAACAUAUUGCAAAAGCACUAAAAGCAAACAAGUCAAUAGAAAGAUUUGGUAUUGAAUCAAACAGUUUAGGUGCUGUAGGUGGCAAGUAUAUAGGUGAUAU